UUAUCACUCACUACCCUCACCAAAGCCGCUCUAUAAUUCUAUCUUCAACUUACAAACACCAUCACAUAAACUCCUUUCGAUCAUCCAAUACUGUUUGCUCCUUUUUGGAAACAUAAAAGUUUCCCCAUACAAACUUUAAAGAAACCAAGAGCAAAUUUCAACAUUUGCUUUCUUGAUCCACUCUCUUUUGGUUUCGAUGCUCACCUCCACAAACAAACUCUUUUUAAUUUGAAAGAAACCAAUAACAUAUUUCAAGAUUCGCUUUCUUGAUCCACCCCCUUUUUGGGUUCAAUAUCAAUAUCUCGAAACAAAAAACAGGAAACCACACAAAAGCUAAGAUUUUUCACAUCAGAUCUAAAAAGGUGAAACGUUUUUGCUGUCGUGCACCGAACGAUCGCCUGUAACUCCUCGGGAAACACUAAAAGAUUGAUGGGCUCUAAUCAUCUUUCUCUCAUUUGGGUGUUCCUCAUUCUCUUAUCAUUACCAUCAAGAUUAGUACUCAUUGAAGGUCAAGGGAUCAAAUCCACAAGACUCCUUGAUCUCGUGAUUCGAGAUUACACAUUCAAGUCAUACAGCAAGUACUUCAAAACAGGCACACCAUACAAUAUCAACUUGCCAUCAAAUCUCACCGGCAUUAUGGUUUAUACUUCAAGAUAUCGCUGUGGAAGCCUCAAGAGGUAUGGUGCAAACAUCAAAGAAUUUCACUUGAAAGUUGGUGUGGAUGUUCAUCCUUGUAUAGAAAGAAUCCUUAUAGUAACACAAAACCUAGGAAACAAUUGGUCAAACAUUUACUAUGACAACUAUGAUCAGUUACUAGGUUAUCAACUAGUGUCACCUGUAUUAGGUUUACUAGCUUACAACUCCGGUGACGAUUCAGACUUGAACACCCAAUUUGAGGUUAAAAUUCAGUCCCCGGAUAAGUCCGGAAUUCAAAUUGAUUUCACUAAUUAUACAUCGUAUGGGAACUCGACUUUAGAUGGGAGGAUAAAGAUGUGUGCAACAUUUGGAGGUGAUGGGAAGGUGACACUAGAAAAAGAGGUUGCACCCAACAUUUGUGGUGCCACAACCCAUGGGCAUUUCGGGUUGGUGGUGCAGUCACCAUUGUUGCCGGUGAGGAAGAAGAUGCGGCGGUGGACGGUUGCGUUUGGAUGCUCAGUUGGGGCUGCAAUCGCGGUUUUUCUGGUGGGGUUGCUUUUGAUUGCGAUGUUUAUGAAGGUAAAGAAGAAGGCAAGAUUGGAGGAGAUGGAGAGAAGAGCUUAUGAAGAAGAAGCACUUCAAGUGUCGAUGGUGGGACAUGUGAUUAGGGUUCAUACUGCUUCUUCCACAAGAACUGCUCCAAGAAUUGAGCAAACUCUUAGACCUCCCCGGCUAGAAGAUGUUUGAAGAUGUUAGAAGACUCUGGUCCACAUCUACGACAAGAAGAGGGCACGCAUACACUUUUAUGUCUGCAGUCUUAAAAAAAAAAACAGUCUGCGAAGACAAAUGUCUACACGUGGUCUGCGCUGUGCAGACAGAAGAGAUUAAGAAGAUCUGCGGACAAAAAACAAACAUCACUUAAAUAACUUAGUUGAAUACUAACAAGUGAACAUAUGAUUUUUUUAAUUCCGCACACAUCGUCGAGGAUAAAUAGAAAACAAUAUGUUGUAUGUGUUAUGGUUUGAAUCUUGGAGGUUUCUUAUGGAAUUCUACACCUCAACUAGACUUUUAUCUGGUAGAGAAAUAGUAUUUUGAAUGUGUAAAAAAAUGAAUUUAGAUGGAUUUA